AUGCUGCUGGAAUUCUCUGCAAUGUCCAUGCGGAUGCUGUGGAAGAUCGGCAUUCCUAUGCUGGUGAUCAUGGGGACUCUGAACUUCUUCUUCGGCCACGGCGAUGCCGAGAAGGUUGGUGAUAACCUGAGCCGAAUUGCAAUGGGCAAUGUAAGAGUCGGGCAUCCCUGGCUGUAUUACGUCUACGCGAUCAUUCCCCUCAUCGUCGUGUAUAUAGUCCGGCAGGAAACGAUGAAUUCCAUGCGUAUGUUCUGCAAGUCACGGUUUUUGUGGCUGAAGCAACUGAAGAUCCCGCAAGCCUCAACAGUACUUGUCGAAGGCAUCCCGGAGGACUAUCAGUCGGAUGCGAAAGUCCAGGAGUACUUCAGCCGAAUGUUCAACGCGAGCGACGUGAAGGCUGUGAAUGUCGCGAAGAACAUGCCCGAGCUGGAGACAGUCUAUUCCGAGCUUCAGACAGCUGUACAGUCCUUGGCCAAGGUGGAGCAGGAGUGGGAAAAUGCUGGCAAGCCGGAAGACGCACGACCACAGAUCAAGCACAUGAUGGGAAGCCUCACGGGAAGCUCCGAAGAUGCGAUGGACUACUGGAAAGCAACCAUCGAGACGAAAACGAAGGAAGUGAAGCAGUACCGCGAAAGUGUGGCCAAGGAUGCCGCCAGCGGGAUCGGCGGAGUGAAUGGCCACUCUGGCUUCGUCACUUUCACAGACUGCCGGAAUGCCCGAGUGGCUGCCAGCACCAAGUUUUCCGCGGAUCGGACUACUUGGCUUAUCUCCCAAGCGCCGGCACCCAAGGACAUCAUUUGGUCGGAUCUGAAGGUGAACGUGGAGCUCCGGACUGCCAAGCGAAUUAUCGGAUAUGGCCUGGUGUUUGGCUUGUAUGUGGCUUUCACGCCAUUCUGCUUGUUUGUAACAAACUUGGCGACAACUAUCAACCUCGGACCUUUCCAGUCCCUCUGGGCUGCCUACGCCCCGACGUUGGGCUUGCUUAUCUUCCUCUCCUUCGCGCCUACUGUCCUCAUCAACAUCUUCUCCUGGCUUUUCAACCUCAAGUCCGAGGUGCGUUCACAGCUGGAGCUGCAGAACUGGUAUUUCUGGUUCAUGGUUUUUUUCGUCAUCGGCGUGACCGUAGUUGGUCAGGACUUUGUGAAUUUCGUGUCGCAGGUAGCUCAAGAUCCCUUGAAGCUUCCGCUGGUGCUGGCGGAGAAGAUGCCGUCUUCCACCCACUACUACCUCAACUUCCUGGCACUGCAGUGGGUCACGCACGGGAUGAAUCUCACUCGUUACGUUCCCGUGGGCAAAUUCGUUGCGGCUUCGAAGAUUUGGAGCGAAGAGGACGCUCGCGAACUGGCCGAGCCUGAAGACCAAGACUAUUAUGGCAUGGGCUCCAGGAGCGCGCGAUUUACCAUCAACCUGCUGAUUGCCAUGAUUUUUGGUACAAUCUCGCCUCUGAUGUCCCUUCUGGCGUGGCUCAAUUUCUACCUUUGUCGCAUUAUAUAUGGGUACCUGUUCGUCUAUGCAGAGUCGAAAAAGUCAGACUCGGGCGGUUACUUCUUCAUCUCACAGCUCCACCAUGUGUACGCAGGGCUGAUCUUCUAUUCAUUGCUGAUGAUCGGCAUGUUCCUGGGCCGGGCCCCGAACUACGUCCCGGCCGGCUUCGGCAUCGCAGCGCUGAUUUAUGCCUUGGUGUCCUACCGCGCCGUGAUGGACUUUGAAUGGGAAAGUCUACCUUGGGAGGAGAUCGCCCCAGAUGCGGACGGGAAUGACUAUGUGCCGGAGGUUCCGACUGCUACAAUAGCUGUGAACAAGCCCAGAAUGCACUGCUUAAUGGAGCUUCGAGGAUGA